AUGCCACUAACGAAUGACGAAAUUGCUGCCAUCACUGGGGACAUAGCAGCCACCAAUUUGCCAGUUAUUCCAGAGCUCCCCACUCAUCCCUCGCUGCCUGACCCGCCUCCUUGCACACCAUCACCCCACCCAUUUGAAUGCUCGAGCCACGAUCAUGACCCACCGAGUCCCACUUGUGCAGGGCCGCUUCGAGAAGCGAAUUCAUCAAGCUGGGCGGCACGCAAUCCCACACGGCCUGUCCUUCAUCCUCGUACACCACCGCCUCAGCUCACGGAUGCCCAAAAGGCGUCACAGAAAAUAAAGAGGGACCAGAAGCACGAAGCAGCAAAACGCUUGCAUGAUGGUGUAACCAAGUACCUCAAUGAGCAGAGGAUGAAGAUCGAGGCACUUGCCCGCACUCAUAACAUCACCUCAAAACACAUCAACGACAUCAUCGGGAGCCAGACCAACUAUCACAAGUCGCGGAAACCCCAAUUAAUCAACGCGCUCGUUCAUGCAAAGGCUAAGGAGAUGAACACAGCCGCAGCCUAUAUUAAGGCCCUCAACGAGCAUCGUGACCAGAAGGGACUUAGCGUUCGGGCAAAUAAUCUGGCAGCUGCACGCGAUGUUGUAGCCACAACGGAUCGGAUCGUCAAAGAGCUGGACGAUCUGCGAGUUUGGACUGGCGUCUAUGGCACACUAUUUGUCGUCCGCAGUCACAUCAACAAUACCAUUCAAAGCACAAUGCAUGGCACAGAUAAUUCUGAAGAUUUCUGGGAUGAUGUGUACGAGCAUCCCAUGGCUGACUUUCUUAGGCAAUACGAACAAUGGGCAUGCACCCAGAAUCAAAGUAACUUGUGUACUUAUGCGACAUCCCGUAGAUCUCAAUGCACGCGACUCUUUGGAAGUCGUAAGGAAGCAAUCGAGGUGACCAGCAAAAAAGAUAUUAUGAUGAAUUACAAUAACUACGAAACAUCUGUCAUCGAAACAUACGGGGUGCGCCUUGUGGGCUGGCCCCAUGGUGUCAAGUUCACUAGCCCUUCGAACAUCGGGACCGUGGGCGACAUUCGCAAGCUCCAGGAUGCCCUCAAGGCACGUACAUGCUACUGGGCAGUCCUAUCACCGGCAGAGGUCAAAGCUCACGCGUCUGAACUUGAUACACGACGUUCAGCCGGGGAAGUUGUUCGGAAGCCAUGA